AUGGUUGAUAAGCUGCUUCGUCCUUCGCCAUUGAGGCGGGUUCACGAGAUAGCGCAUCUGCAUCACCGUGCUUACUCCCUUUUCUCCAUGUUCGAUGAGUCCAACCACUCUGAGUUGCGCCUCUUGUCUGCAUUUGAUGUUGAAUCUGGAGCUGGCUCAGGUGUUGUCGGACUCUCCCCUCCCUCGCCCAUUGCCCAUUUCCGUGAGUGCACCACCUGCUGCGACACCGCCUGCAUCCGAAUGCAGUACAAGGCGUAA